CAAUCAUAGACUCUGACUAUAAAUAACAAUCAUUAUGGGCACUGAGGGAAAAGUAAUCAUCAUUGGCGGUGGUAUUGCUGGUAUCAAAGCUGCUCUUGAACUAAAUAAACAUGGUAUAGACUAUUUCAUCUUAGAAGCUAAAGAUAGAUUAGGUGGUCGCUUAAAGACAGUCGAAGGCUUGAACACUAAAUACGAUAUGGGUGCAAGUUGGUUCCAUGACACUUUAUCCAAUCCUUUGUUUGAUACAGAAAACAGUCUCCCGGUCGGUGAGAGAGCACAGUUUUAUUAUGAUGAUAUACCCCAUAAAACAUUUGAUCAAAAUGGAACUGUCCCUGCUGAUUCAAGACUGGAACCAAUUGCUGUAGAAAUCUCUAAAUACAUCGAAAUGGAGAAUCUUAAAGACCUUGAUGCUGAUAAGUCCGUUUAUGAAACUGUGAUCAAAUAUUUUCAAGAAAAAAAGCAUCUACUAUCCAAAGGGCAAAUUGAGCAUGCAUUAGGUUAUAUCAGAAAGUUGGAGUUAUGGCAUGGUAUUAGUAUCAAUGAACUUAGUUCCAAAUACUCUGAGGUUGAAAAUAAUGGUAGAAAUGCUCUAGUCAAGAAUUACGAUACAAUUUUGAAUAGACAUGUUGCACAAUUGUCAAAGGAUAGUUAUAAACUAAAUACGGCGGUGAAAUCAAUUGCAAGAACUUCAAAGAACAAAAAAGUCAAAGUCACUACUGUUGAUGGUGAAGAAUAUGAAGGGGAUUUUGCUAUUGUUGCUGUUCCCCAAUCGAUCAUUGCACUGGGAGAACAAGAAAAGGGUGCCAUCAAAUUUGAGCCUAAACUGCCUCAAAGAAUAACUGAAUCUUUAAAGAAAUGUCACUUUGGUGCUUUGGGUAAAGUGGUGCUGGAGUUUGAUGAAUGCUUUUGGGGAACUGAUGAUGAACGUUUUGUAUGUUUAUCCUCACCACCUGAAGGCUUUGCUGAAGCUAUUCUCAACGAUAAAACUGUCCCAAAUUUUCCAAAUUCUGAAACACCAAAACCAUUUGAUUACCCAAUACUGUUUUUAAACUUUGCAGCUGAUUUCAAUAAACCAUCAUUGGUUGCUAUAACUCAAUCACCAUUGACAGAUUAUUUGGAAGAGAACCCUGAAAAGGCAUGGAAGUUUUUAAAACCUUAUGUUCAAGUCAUAUCAUCUAAAAAGGACAUUCCGGAUCCUAAGAAUGUAUUCACCUCUGAAUGGACAACUGAUCCCUAUCAAAGAGGAUCCUAUUCUGCAUGCUUUCCAGGUGAUGAUCCAAUUAGUGCAGUUGUUGCGUUUGAAGAAGGGUUUGGUAAUGUUAGAUUUGCAGGAGAGCAUACAAUUAUGGACGGUAAUGGUUGUGUCCAUGGUGCUUGGAUGAGUGGAUUGAGAGAAGCAACCUACAUUAUUGAUCAUCUUGAAUGAUUGUAAAUAGUUUAUUAAAUGCAUAUUUUAUGAUUUUAUUCCCAAAGUGAUUUCCAUUUAACAGGUUUACGCACAGCAUUUGAGAAUCCUUCAUGAUAUUUAACCCAAAUU